AAGCUUGAAAUUUGAGGUCUCUUGCAAGGGGUUCUCAAUCAAGGCAAUGUGUGAAUCAGUCAGUGCUCAAGUCAACACAGGAAAUGCAGCGAGAUUUAUUUGGCCUCGUGAAUUUGAUUGCAAUUUUCACAACACUUCAGAAUGCAAAAGSAAACCACAGGUGCAUCGUGAAAUCUGUCAGCGGAGUUGCACUAAAAAAUUCCGUCAUAAAGUCUUAUCACAACCCAAGCAUUCACGAAUGUUUCACGGACUGCAAGAAAAACCCGGACUGCAGAAGUGUCAACUUUUUUAUCAAGAGUUCGCUAUGUGAGCAUAAUAACAUUACGAUAUCAGACAGUCCUGCCAACAAAGUCGACAACGAUGAAGCGACGUACAUUGACAAUCCAACCCCUAAAAAAAAGACAACCGGAUGGAAGUUAAUCGCACGAUUUUCAAACUCGGACACCAAGAACUGGAUGGCUGUUAAUGGUGCCUGGUGGUACGACAUAACCACUACUCAGGGCGACACUUCCAAUACAGCUGUCAAUCAAGAUAUGAUAGCGUCAGGCUUUUGGACAACCAAAGGAUACGAAAUCAAGGUAACCCGAACCGAUGACCCCACCCACACACCUCUUUUAGUGACCACUUCCAACUGUCUCGGUGGCAAAACAUUUCGAGAGAAGAUUUCCAGCUUUGGCAACUUUAGAAAUGGAGCGAUUUGGUCUUCAYAUAAAUGUCUUGGUAAAUGUACGGUAACCUAUGGUGGCCAGUACUCAACAACCGCAGGAUUUUCAAAGACAAGUUGUGACAGUAAUGUACUCACAAGAAAUCAAAUUGGAUUUUGGUGUGACUACAGCUCUGGAGCUGGAGCAGUCAUUUCGAUUGGCGGUGCUGGAAGUGCUUGCGAUAGAGCUGACCACGGCCUUGCUGUCACAGAGGAAAACGCGGGAAAAUUUGGAACCAGUGCAGGUUGCGACUUUGGAGACGAUGGGUUAUCUUCCUGCGCUAAACAGUCUUACGCACUUAACCUAUGGAUUUUAGUCGGCCCAGUACCACCCACAACAUCGGACUGGAAGUUGAUCGCACGAUUUUCAAACUCGGACACCAAGAACUGGAUGGCUGUCAAUGGUGCCUGGUGGUACGACAUAACCACUACUCAGGGCGACACUUCCAAUACAGCUGUCAAUCAAGAUAUGAUAGCGUCAGGCUUUUGGACAACCAAAGGAUACGAAAUCAAGGUAACCCGAACCGAUGACCCCACCCACACACCUCUUUUAGUGACCACUUCCAACUGUCUCGGUGGCAAAACA